CCAAAGACCGCUGCAAAACAAAGCUGUCAAUGUUGCGAAGAGGUCGGAAGCUACCAAACCAGCGAAUUCCUCGUGGCCCCAGCACUCUAGAGAACAUGAUAAAAUAAUUUGAUAAAUUAAUCUGAUUAAUUUUUUUUUAUGUCUCCCGAGCAGUUUGAGGUGUACGAGGAAUUGGGCCGCGGAGCGUUCGGCGUGGUUUACCGUGCUUUUGACAAAGACUCCAGGAAAAUGGUGGCUGUCAAGCAGGUGGAUUUGGAAAGUGCAGAUGAACUGAACGAGAUCCAGCAGGAAAUCAAGAUUCUGUCUACGUGCCAGCAUGCGAACAUCACUCGAUACUACGGCUGUUUCCUUAAAGGAUACAAGCUGUGGAUUAUUAUGGAGUUUUUGGGUGGUGGAUCCUGCUCAGAGUUGCUCGUUUCCGGGCCAUUUGGAGAGAAGGCUAUUAGCUACAUCUUGCAUGAGCUGCUACAUGCUCUUGUGUAUUUACACGAAAAUGGCAAGAUCCACCGGGACUUCAAGGCUGCCAACGUGUUAUUGAGCUUUGAAGGGGACGUGAAAAUUGCAGAUUUUGGAGUCGCCACCCAGUUGUCCAACAACAUGUCCAAAAGAAACACUUUUGUCGGGACGCCCUACUGGAUGGCCCCUGAAAUUAUUCUUCACCAGCCAUACACAUAUUCUGCAGAUAUUUGGUCACUGGGUAUUACAGCAAUUGAACUAGCAUACGGCAAGCCUCCUCUUUCUCAGUACCAUCCGUUCGACGUGCUCUUUAGAAUCGCCGAGGACCCUGCUCCCGAGCUGGACUCGAGUUUCAGUAAGGAGUUCAGGGAUUUUGUGAAAGUUUGCCUGAAUAAAGAGUCAAAGCAGAGGCCGUCGGCCAAAGAACUCCUUAAACAUCCGUUUGUGCUUGCUGGCGCCAAGGUCGAUCGCUCGGAGAUAGUUAAGCUGAUCAAGCGCAAGCACGAAUGGGAUCUUGAAACAGGCAACACCGAGAAACGCUACUAUACACCUACUCUGGAGGAACAGACACCUCCUCUAUUCGAUAUCACGUUGAAAGAGGAACCUUCAAGUACCUUGAAGCCGGCGCCAUCCCGAAAGGUUCCAUUGUCGCCGAUGAAACGCACCUCCGAUGAGAAUGGGGACCAGGAGCUGAAAAAGACUCUUAAUCGCAUACUGAAUCAGUCGUUCAACAAGAUAAACGAAAAACAUAACCUCUCGACCUCGCAGUACGACCAGCUAGUUCUUUUUCAAAAGACCAUGAUGGAGUCAAUCGCGCUCAGCCCGGAUCAACAGUACCGAGAAGUGUUUUGUAAAUAUUUCAAGCUGGUGAUGAAGAAAAUAAUGACGACAGAUAACGAACAGCUGAAGGACAAACUAAUACCCAAAAAUCUCGAAAAAGAACGUCCUCGCGACGAAGUUGAAGAGCUGCUGUAUACUAGGUGGGCAGAAAGUAUGAUCGAGCGUUGGAGGAAGGAACAUUAAUAUUGAUAGCUACAUAUUCUGCAUAAUCUCAAUGGACAAUUGAAGACCCUGUAUUUUGUUGACAAGGUCAUCAAACAACGGCUUCUGUAUAACCACAGAGUUGCCUGCUGGUUGAACUGGCUUUUGAGCGACCGCAUUAGAAGGCUCAUAGUCGAAGCUCGGUGAUUCGGGGAUGUCUUUUGGUAAAGGUGGAGCAGAGGGAUUGGACGACAUAGAAGGUUUGGCGGGGUUCACCGAGUUCGAUGCGUCAAGUAUCCUGAAAGAAGCAGGCUGGGCAUGGCACUUAGACUUGGAGACGGCAGAUUUGUCAACUUUAGUAGGCUCUGGAUUUUCAAUACAUUCUGGAGCUUCAACACACUCGGUAAUUUCAACGGGCUUUGGAGCUUCUAUAGCUGGUUUCAAAGCAGCGGUCGAUUUGGCACCCUCCACUCUAUUAGUCUCGGUCACUUUGGAGUGAUGCGAUUUCGACUCCAAAUAUUGUUUAGGAACGACGGUGGUGAAGAGUCUGAAAAUCAUAUCGAUCUUGACAAGCUCCUCAACCGUGAAAACAGGACCAAGAGUGAGUUUUCCAUUGCAGACAGUGUUGAGGUCUCUGAGAUCGGCAAGUUCCUCCAUGAUUUCAUCCACGUACCAGCAGAACGACAUCAUCCACGGAAUCAAGAAAGAAAUGUACUUAUCGUUGAAAACUAGGACGCGGGUUUGGUCAUCAGACUCAUCUUCAUUGUCGGGCCCACCGAGCCCCACUCUCAUCUCCCAGUUGCGGAAGCACAUGAGCAUAGGCCGGGUUUUCUUUUUGGUGAGCUCCUUUAGAAUUCUGACUGCGUAAGCCCUGAUUUUUUUGGGUUGGUAUUCAAGUUCUGAUUUAUCCAUAGUUGCUACCAUGUGGUCUGAAGGGCGCCAAUUUAUAGAGCUCUGGAGAUGGCUGGUGUGAUCGUCUACCGAACACUCCAUACUCACUCGCAGAAAGUGGCUGGGACGAACCAAAAUGAAUAUAUGUAGAAAAGUGACUCGUCAGUUAUUGAAAUGCAUACCACUCAACUUUGACUGCAAUUCCUGUAUAUGGCUGGAAGGGGAGGACACUGAACCCACAGAAGGCUUCUUUGCAGGAACUGGUGGCUUCUGUUUGGAGCCGAUAGCUUCAGCCACCUCUGAGUUUGACAGUUUUUUGGGAACUGGCGGCUUGGGCUUUGCAGAUAGAUGUGUUGGUUUAGAUGGAGG